CAAAAAGAUGUGGAAAGUCGAAGAAUAGUUAUGAUACCGAUAGAAUCAUUGGGUUCUUUUACCGGAUCGAGAUUUGGUUAACUCGAAUGUGCCAGAACUCUUGCGUUGGUAUAUGCCAGCUUUCCGGCUUGCCGGGCUUCAAGGUGCAACAUUUGGUCAAGAAUGAAAUCCCGUGAUGGUUCUUAGAUAGCUCCGAUCACGCUCGAUGUUCUGUAGUAAGAACGGAUGAAAGUAAUGAUCGGUGCUCGAGCCUCUUCAAGCGACACUUUGUGAGCUGUAGCUUCAAUGUUUAAACAACCAGGAUCGGAUCGCCAUCGUUAAAUGUAGAUAUUUCUCGAUAUGCAGAGUCGAAUGGUGCCAUUAUCUAUUCAUUUGCAGAGCUCAUGUAGGCUUGUCGUGCUCCAGCUUAAGUAUAGUUGUUGCGUGAUGAGAAGCAACAACUAUACUAAAGCUGGGGUACUGCAGAUAUGAGCAUAUCACUGACCGGAUAUUCGAAUAAGAAGCUCUUGAAGAAGCGAAAAGAAUUAGCCGGCUUGCAAGUCCAACGUGUUGUCCACUGCCAUCGUAAAUGGCUUCAGCGCCACCAGCGCUCAGAGCUGCACCCAGUGAGUCAGACCGUCUCCAGAGAAAAUAAUGAACCAAGAGUCCGUAGAAGCAAGCUCAUACCGCUACAUUGACGCAUGGCUUUAUCUUCCCAGGGGAUCUGAUGAGAUAAUCUUAUCUAUGACUCGUCAGGUAUGGAGAAGGUCUGUGCAAUGCGCAUGAGUAAUCACUUUAAUAUGGCAAACUAUGGAGAAGAAAAGUCGGAGAAAUGCCACGAUUGCGGCUGAAAAAAGCAGAUUAUGCCAAGGAGGUAAAUCGCCUCUGACUGUUUCGCGAUGGAGACGUAGUAUCGCAUAUUCGGUGUCACGAAAUUUGGUCAAGGUGGGGGUUAGUGUCACUCCGAUUCCGGAAAGUCAACGACGCCUUUUUGUCAUCAAGAAGGCGCUCGAUGACUGACUUUGCCUGGCCUCAACACCAUCGCAAACUACCUAAUAACUACAGGCGAUUGUCCGCAACUCCAUUGCAGGGACAUAGGCCGAAGCAAUGGGGUCCAGUGCACCGAGACGGCCGCCGUCGGAUGACGUUGAUGGCGAUAUCUUGACCUUCUCGGAACUCGAUUUUGCAAGACUUGGCCUUGCGAAUAGGACUAUUGAUGAGAGAAACACGCCAAUUCAGGACCAGGGAGCUCAGCAAUCGUAUUUUCCGCCUCAGAAUGAUGAGUUUUCGUUCGGUCAUGAGCACCUCGAUUUCACGGAUGACUUGCUCAACUCCAUGAUCCCACCAGAACAACAAAGUGAAUUCUGGCUUGAUCCUGCAUUGAGCCUGAAUUCGUGGGAAACACCCGCUGCGGCACAGCCACCAACUGGGGGAAACAUCUCGCCAUUGGCAACAUCGGGUAAUCGAGCGGGAACUCCGACAACGACAUCCCCAUUUGGAGUUCCUGGAUUCGGUCAAUCGUUCAACGGUUCUCCGAUAGCUGAGAAUUCCCAACGCGGACUUCCACGGAAACGGAGCCAUUACUUUCGUCGUCAGCCUCAUCGAACGGGGAGUGAUCCGAUCUCAAUACCUCGCCAUAACCAUCAACGCGACAGCGCUCUAGAUCCUAUGCAAAGAUGGCAAGAAUCGCCCCCGGAAGCUGAAGCGGCGUCACUAUCUGCCAUUGCCGAUGCACUGAAAAAAACACCGUUGAGAACCCGCUCAUCCGCUGGGAGCCUAGGUCGAAGCCGUGUCGGGAGUCGCGCAGGGUCAACACAUAGUUUAGGAAGUGCGACAAGCUGUUCUUCCGCAUCGGUGGGAUCACCUCAGUCUGCAACUCGAAAAGGUUCUUUGAAAGGGCGAGUCACCAAGUCAAAACGUUCUUCUACCGCUAAAGGCAAGGAACCCCAGAACAGACGGUUUCCUUGUACGUUUUGCUGCGACAAGUUCAAGAGUAAGUAUGACUGGGCUCGGCACGAAAAGUCCCUUCAUCUCGAUCUUGCAGGCUGGCGAUGUGCUCCUUUCGGAGGAGUAGUGGUAUCUCCAGAGACAGGGCGAAACCAUUGUGCAUAUUGCAGCCAACUCGACCCAACACCAGAACAUCUCGAAACUCACAACCACGCGGGAUGUCAAAAUGACGAUAAACUUCCUGUCUUCAGUCGAAAGGAUCAUCUUACCCAGCACCUUCGACUUGUCCACCACGUGAAAACGGUACCGGUUAUAGAUUCGUGGAAAGUCGAGGGACCGCCUGUGAAAUCGAGAUGUGGAAUUUGCGGUCUUCGAAUGGAGACGUGGAAAGAACGAGUCGAACACCUGGCGAAGCACUUUCGAAAGGGUGAUACGAUGGCUGAUUGGAAGGGCGAUCAUGACUUUGAACCGCAUGUUAAAGCUCGUGUGACGAAUGCACUGUCACCUUAUAUGAUUGAGGUCGAAGGGAAAUGUCCCGUGCCCUUCUCAGCGACUGAUCCAAGCUGUCGAGACCAUCUUCUCCAGAUUCGAGAGAACGUCGGACGAACAACGGAUUUUACCGAUGGGAGUUUGAGUAAUUUGGACGCGGUAGAGGAAACCGUAGCGCGACCGCAACGCUCAAUGACACAGGAUAGCAGCUCCAUGGCCUUCCCGGAGUUUCUGGUUCAUCAUCUUGGGAGAUAUGCGCAGCGACAGAUGAGUCUCGGGGUUAUUCCGACCGAUGAGAUGUUUCAGACUGAAGCGAGGAGAAUCGUUUACGAUACAGCGGAUCCAUGGGAUCAGACGUUGGCGGAUAACAAAGACUGGCUUUCGUGUUUUAAAGAGCAUCAUGUUAAUGGUUCUCCAGGUAACUGAGGGGUUCUGGAAGACGGUGAAGAGGACAUUCCUUUGGACGUUUUAUAGGUAGAUUGGAAAAUUGGUGUAUGUACCCCUGGACUGGGCAUUGGAUUACGUUAUAAUUAAAGGCUACAUAGUAAUAAAUAAGAUUGAUGGUUUAUAUAUGAA